AUGGAUUCCAGGAGAGUCUCAGCCUUCCUGCUCCUCGCCGUAGUCGUCGUCGCCGUGCUGAGCAUGGCGGGCACGGCCCAGGCGGCGAGGCCGCCGCCGGGGCAGUUCGAUGGGGAGAGCUUCCUCACGUACCCAUCCGUCUACGAGAGGGCCAAAUCCGCCAUAGAGAGCAUGAUGCAGAAGCUCCCCUCAGGGCCGAGCCCCAGGGGCCCCGGCCACUAG